AUGAAUGGAUUGAAGAUGAAUUUGAAAAGUGAGAACGACAAAAUUCAUCGUCACACAUUCUUAGCACCAUCUAACAUUGUCUUGCCGACUGCUGUCGAUUGGCGCAAACAUGGCUAUGUUACACCCGUGAAAGACCAAGGUCAUUGUGGCUCAUGCUGGUCUUUUUCAACUACUGGAUCACUCGAAGGUCAAACCUUUGCCAAAAGAUCAACGCUCAUAUCCCUCUCCGAACAAAAUUUGAUCGACUGUUCAUUCGAAUUUGGAAACAUGGGAUGUAAUGGUGGUGUUAUGGAACUCGCAUUUCUGUACAUCAAGUAUAACAAUGGUAUAGACACUGAAGCAAGCUACCCAUAUGAAGCUCGAAAUGGCAGUUGUCGUUUUGAUCCCACAAAUAUUGGUGCUACUGAUACUGUGAGUAUUUCAGUGUAA